AUGUGUGGUCCCGCAAUAGGCGCGCGAUAUGGGUUCCGCUUUAAAAGCCACAGGCCCCAUGACGAUUUCAGGACAGGCCCAGCGUCAAUAUAUUGGCAGCGGGCAGCCCAACGGCUGAAAUAUUCUCUGCGUCGUCCGCUACCAAACCGCUGGGUCUCCAAGGUCGUCAAGUUUCGCCAUUAUUCUAUUUUGACCCGUACCUGUCUCCUCCCAGCAGCCAUCUCCAUACAACUGCGUGCAGAGAGUGUCAGCGCAACCCAGGCAACCCAGGCAAGGCAAGGCAAGGCAAAGCAGGCCGGCCGGCCGAACAAGCAAACAGGCCGUGUCAUAAAACAGCGUCGCCGAGGAAGGAUUCUUGGCUUAUCUAGAUUCGCUUCAACCGCCAGCUCGCGCCAAUCGACUCCAAUCGACCGUGAAGAGGAAGGAAGAAAACUAGGAACCGUAGACGCGUUCUAUUUAUUUGUUCGGUCGGAACCGAAAUCUACUGACAUCAUAUACGCCCAUCUCACCAGCCCUUCAGCUAGCAAACUGGCUCAAGUACGAGCUCCCGUUCAGUUGGGUAUUACGCUUCUGCAUCCAGGGGGCAGUUCACCUUCGCUGAAGUUCCCUAACAGGACGGCGCCAGUACAGAGCCCAAUAAAACGGCAGGACCUUGUUAGUCUAGCUAGGGAGAUUUUGGGGGGAGUUGUUGAGACGGAAAAGGAACCAGAAGACCUUAUUGACCUGAAGAUGGCUUCCGAAGAAGACAGUAUUGUUGUACAGACGGAAUCACCAACGUCACGAUUUACCGCUGUAAAUGGAGCUGAGCCGGUGGCAGGUUCAACGAACGGAAUGAACGGGAAUGGGAACGGGAAUGGAAUUGGGAAUGGAACUGGAAACGAGUCUUCGAGAAGAGGGUCCGACGAGAGGCCUAAUGGGCAACCAAGAAUUACGCCUCCAGGACAAGAAAAGUUGACAAUCACAACGAACACCCAAAGAGAGGAUUGGAUAUCUCCAGCUAGCGGGGAACGAAAUUCCGGCAAUUCCUACCCAAGUGGCACUUCUUAUACAGACGCAGAAUUAUCACACAAACGCAAGAGGUCAGGCUCCUUGGAUCCGAAUUCGUCUUCAGCUAAUUCGUAUCAUACCCACAACCUGCCAUCAUCAGCAAAGGAAACACCUACUACUGCAAGUACCGAGCCAGAUGGACCUCGAGAGGAGAGCCUUCGCCCUCCACCUCAGUCAGACUCUCGAGAUCCUUAUGGAUCAGAUGCCCAAUAUAGGCAUGCUUUUGGCGAAGAUCAUCGCAGUCAUGACCAUGAUGACCCCUGGCCCUCCCGUCAAUACUCUCAACAGGGGCAAAUCACCUCAGAUGAGCACCUUUCAGAAGUUCUCCAGCGAGCCUCUCAAGGCCUAGAUCCGCAACACCGUGACUAUGAUCGGAUGAGUCCUGGUGAUGAUGAUAGAUCCAAUAUUUAUGGUGGGUAUGGUCACGACAGAAGGGAGAUGUCAGUACAAUCGGAUCCGAAGAAAAGGAAGAGAAAUUUCAGCAACCGAACCAAAACUGGUUGCAUGACUUGCAGGAGACGCAAGAAGAAAUGCGACGAGACCAAACCAGAGUGCAAUAAUUGUCUUCGUGGCGGGUUUGUCUGUUCGGGGUAUCAACAACGAGGACACUGGCCAAAAACCGAACAAAAACAUCAACCUAUUCCUCUCCAAUCUAAAACGGAUUAUGAAAAUGCAUACGGCCAAUCAUCCCCCUAUCCUUCGCACCACCUAGGACAUUCACGAAGAGAACCGUUGCCCGGUUACCGUGGUCAAGGCCUUCGAGUCGACCCUCAACAUGGCCGACCCAUCGGUCUGGACGAUGAUCAACCCAGCGCGUCAACAAUCCCCAGUGCUUCUGUAACAAGUCCCGAAAAUAGUAGACUGUCAGCCAUCUCUUAUUCUCAGCAAACGCCAACUCCUAUAACAGCCACUAGUAGUGCGUAUCCUGAUCGAGGACUGAAAACACCAUUUGAACGCCUAGGCCCUCUUCACGACCUCAGCCGACAAGAUUCCGACUCUGGAACACCACAAUCCGCUUCCUCCAAUUUACCGCAGCUCCUCCAUCCCCAAAUGCAUUCUUCAGCAGAGAGCCCACACAGCAACCCGCAAGUCGCCGCGCAACUGGCCUUAUCGAACCUUGCCUCGACAAGAAGAGAGCGGACGCAGAAAGAAGAGAUGCUUUCUGGGCGUCACUACUUCCCAUUCGACAAGGAGCUCGUUCUCGAACGCGAGCGUUGCAACGGUGCCUGCUGGCGCUUUAACAGCAGCACAAAUCCCAAUAAUGGCGUCUCUCCAGAGGAACGUGCUCGUCUCUUCAGGGAUAUACUUCAACCUCGCGAGCAUGUCAUUUCGCCGACCCAAGCCUCAUCCGUGAACCCCAUUGGCCGAGUCGGCGACAACGUUGUUGUCGAGGCACCUUUCAACUGCGAUUACGGCUACAAUAUCUCCAUUGGUCAAGAUGUUGCCAUCGGCAAGAACUGCACUAUUCUCGACACAUGCGAAGUCAAGAUUGGAGACCGCUGCAACAUCGGACCGAACGUCAAUGUCUACACGGCGACACUGCCCAUUGAUCCUAAGCGGAGACUGGGAUCCCGGGGCCCGAGUCUGGGCAGGAAAAUAAAUAUUGAUGCGGACUGCUGGAUUGGUGGUGGUGUGACUAUCCUGCCUGGUCUCACGAUUGGCAAGGGCAGCACAGUGGGAGCAGGCUCGAUUGUCACGAGGGACGUCCCGCCAUACACCGUCGUCUGUGGCAAUCCAGCCCGUGUCAUGAGAGGUAUUCACGAAUGA